GGCGGCUCGGGCGGCUCGGCGGCUCGGCGGCUCGGCAACUCGGCGGCUCGGGCGACUCGGGCGGCUCGGCGGUACGGCGGCUCGGCAGCAACUGCGGCUCGGCGACUCGGCGGCUCGGGCGGCUCGGGCGGCUCGGCGGUACGGCGGCUCGGCAGCAACUGCAGCUCGGCGGCUCGGCGACCCGGCGGCUCGGGCGGCUCAGGUGGCGCGGCGGCUCGGGCGGCUCGGGUGGAUCGGGCGGCUCGGCAGCAGCUCGGCGGCGCCGGCGGCUCGGUGGUGACGGCGGGGCCGCGUGGGGACGGCGGCUGGGCCGGGUGGAGCGGCGGCGGGGCCGGGUGGAGCGGCGUCGGGGCCGGGUGGAGCGGCGUCGGGGCCAGUAG